UCAUAACUAACUAAUUAUUGAAAAUUGGACUAUCGAAGACUGGUAGUGUAAACCAAUUUGAAGUAGACUGUUAGUAAUCUGUUCAUCACUUCUCCGCAAAGAUGUCUGGUAUUCUACCCACAGAAGACUGUGAAAUCAAGUUCAGGGAAUUAAAAAUGAAAAACUGUUACCGUUAUAUCGUGUUUAAAAUCGACAACGGUCAAAUUCAGGUGGAGAGGUUUGCUGGAAGAGAUUCCAAUUAUGAUGAUUUUCUCCACGAUACUAGAAAACCCGAACAAGCACGUUUUGCCGUACUCGACUUCGAAUGUGAAGGUAUUAAAGGGUCGAAUUUAAUUUUUGUCUCGUGGGUAUGCAACACUGCACCUAUCAAAACUAAAAUGCUAUACGCAUCAUCAAGACAGGCACUGAGAUCAAGAUUCCAAGGGAUAAAACUUGAUUUAAAUGCUUACGACUUGGGCGAUCUUGAAUUACCAGCUGUAAUCGAUUUAGUUACAGAGAAACACAAAUCUCACUAAAUUAUAUGUAUUAUUCGACCAUUAUUUGGAACUGCUCUAAUGCUGUAAGACGCAAUAUGUAUACUACUUGAUAACUUUGCCAAUUGUCGUAAAUAUAAUCCAGUUGUAUAUGAUGUUUAACUUCCGUAAAUAGAAGUGUUUAUUUUC